GAGCACAGCUGGCGCCAAAUGCAGUGACGUACAGUAGAGGGCGGGUGUGUUGGUUGAACGCUUGGCGCGUAUUCUUUGUACCGCGUCCUUGGUGUCCUGUCCUCCCGGCUCAUACACGGAGCUUUGUCCGCCUCUAUACAGAUACAAGUGGGUUACUCCUAAAACCAGACGCUCAACAUGGAAGGUGAUGCUGACUUGGAGCUUCUAACCUCCUUGCUAGAAGAAAGUGAAGGAACUGGGAGCAACUGUGCAGGCUUCCCUGACUCUUCAAGUGAGCCUGAUGCAUUUGAUGAACUUUUUGAUGAAGAUGAAGCAGGGUCUUACCAUGAAAGUGACAGUGCAGCUGAAGGGCAGGAUGCGGAAGGAGUGCAAGAAGACUUCACAACAUUAUUUGGAGAUAUUGAUGAUCUGGAAGACAAUAAACCUGUACUUGAGUCUAAAAAGCAGUCGCCAUCUUCUAGCCAGGAUAAAUCCAAAAAAGAACUUGAAGAUGAACUGAGAAAAAUGCAGGAGCAAAUGAAGAAGUUGCAAGAAAAGCUUGAGCAUACUGGUAUUGACAAGUCACCAAGCUCCGUACCACCACGGAAAUCCCCAAACGACAAAAUUAAGACAUCAGCAACAAAGUCACAAUGCAGCCCUUUAAAGGAGAGGAAUCUCCCUUUAUUGCGUGAGUCCAGUGACUUUGCAGCACAGCUGGGAAGCCCACAGACGUCAAUUGUUAAACGCCAAGAAGGUCCUAAGAGAAAGUUGCACAUGUCAGAAAAUAAAAGUCCGCCUCUAAAACAAAUGCCCAGUUUUUCAUCUCGGGCAGAAAAAUCUUCUAAGCCAAGCUCGAGUGUCCCAGCAUCGCCAAUGAAUUCCAGUGGAUCUCCUCUCAGUCAGUCAGUUUAUGUUGAAAAGUUCUCUGGUCUGCGACUCAGGAAACCUAGGGUGUCAUCCUCUGAAAUGGAAAGGAAAAUGGGUGGAAGGAAGCUGAUAAAACUGUUUCAGCUGAAGAACAAAAUAGCUACCGAAAAGCUUGAAGACCAAGACUGGGUGACCUUUGGUGUAAUUGUAAAGAAGAUGACUCCACAAAGUUCUAAUAAUGGCAAAACUUUCAGUAUUUGGAGACUAAAUGACUUAAAGAAUUUGGAUACAUGUGUGUCUUUGUUCUUGUUUGGUGAUGUACACAAAGAACACUGGAAAACAGACCAAGGUACUGUUAUUGGAAUGUUGAACGCUAACCCGAUGAAGCCAAAAGAAGGAUCUGAUGAUGUGUGCCUCUCUGUUGACAAUCCGCAAAAGAUUUUGCUAAUGGGAGAAGCAAUGGAUUUAGGAACGUGUAAAGCUCGGAAGAAAAAUGGAGAUCCAUGCACACAAAUGGUUAACCUGAACGAUUGUGAAUACUGUCAGUAUCAUGUACAAUCUCAGUACAAGAAAGUGAGUGCCAAACGGGCAGAUCUGCAGUCCAGCUACUCCGGUCAUGUUCCGAAGAAGAUGGCAAGAGGGGGCAACAGCUUAAAAGAGAGACUUUGCCAGGAUGGUUUCCACUAUGGAGGUGUAUCAUCUAUGGCAUAUGCCGCUUCCAUUGCAGCAUCCUCAGCACCCAAAAAAACUGUUCAAACAACACUUUCCAAUAUGGUGGUAAAAGGAGCGGAUGCUAUUGCACUGGAAGCAAGGAUAAAAAUGGCAGCUGCUAAGAAAAGCAAUGUGCAGUGUUCAGAGGAGUUUAAAGAGCUGUUAGAAGCGCCCACUCCAGGGGCACUUAAUUUAAAGAAACACUUGACUAGUGCAAAUGUGCAAGCAUCUGCCAAGGCUGGUUGUCCUAUUCAAUCCAUAUCUGCUUCAGAACUUUUGAAACAACAGAAACAACAAAUGUUAGAUGCAAGAAAGAAAAGAACAGAGGAAAUCCAAAAAAGAUUUCUUGAGAGUACUGGUAAAUCAGAGUUAUCAAGCACAAGUAAUUGUGUAGGACAGGCCACAUUUCAGUCUCCAAAGCAAGCUUCUGAGUUCCCAGUGGGCCAGAAGUUGUCAACUCCCAAGCUGGCUCGUGGUUUUGCUGAUGGAGAAGACGUUUUGUUUUUUGAUUCUUCUUCUGCUCCUCCUGCCAUCAAGCUAAGUCCUUCUUUUGAAGCUAAAAAGCUUGCUGCUAUACGGAAGCUACAAGCUAAAGGAAAGACUCUUACUAAAGCAGAUCCUAACAGUAUUAAGAGGAAAAGAUCCGGCUCCACAGACAUUAAUCAGGUGGUUAAGAGAGUAGAGGGAGUUGAGUCAUCUCCUGAAGCUGCAGAUGAGACUGAACCAGCAUUGAAAAGACAUAAAGAACAACUUGCAUACAUGCAGUCUGAAGAAUUUCAGAAGAUUCUGAAAGCCAAAUCUAAGCACACUGGUGUCCUCAAGGAGGCUGAAGCAGACAUUCAAGAAAAAUACUUUGAACCACUUGUGAAAAAAGAGCAGAUGGAAGAAAAGAUGAAAAGUAUAAGGGAACAGAAGUGUCGUGUGGUGACCUGUAAAACUUGUAAGUACACACAUUACAAGCUGCUGGACAAAUGUAUUAGCGAAAACCACGACUUCCAUUGGCAUGAUGGUAUGAAACGCUUUUUCAAGUGUCCGUGUGGGAACAGGACAAUUGCACUAGAUCGACUCCCCAAGAAGCCCUGCAGCACAUGUGGAUUGUUCAAAUGGGAGCGAGAUGGCAUGCUUAAGGAAAAAAGUGGACCGAAAAUUGGAGGUGAAACACUGCUGCCAAGGGGAGAAGAGCAUGGCAGAUUUCUCAAUAGUCUUAAAUAAUAAAGUACUUUAUGAUAUUGUACAACCAGUUAAACCAAAGUCCUCCUUAUUGUUUAACUACUGCUGGACUACUAGAACACUAGUUCUUUGUCCCAUUACACUAUUUUGUUUUCCUGAGGGCUUUGUCAUCAAUCUUUUUAGAUGGACAAUAUUUUUAUGAAAUUAUAUACUGUGAUGUUUGAGACUAUAUUACAUAAACUGCAGAUAAUAGAAAAAGGAGAAACACUGUCUAGGAGGUGCUGCUCACAAGGAGGUAACAAAUGGAGAGACUCGGGCCAGCACAGGACAAUAGUUUAUUUGGCAAAGAGGACAAAGUGUUUCGGCACACAAGGAGUGCCUUCCUCUGGUCCAAACGUACAAUGCACUCCUCCUAGGUAGUGGGAUGCAAGGGUGCUGUUGGGGAUCCUGUGAGUAGCAGUGCUGACAUUGGUUUUACAUGAAUAUUAACUGCAUACCUCAUUUACAGUGCUUGAAAAAUGAUACGGAUUCAUUUCAAACUCAGAAAAUUUGUGAAAUAGUUCAAAUUAAGUUGCCUCAAAAUGAGGUUCUCUGGUACCUGUUUGAUAGUAGAGUCAUGCACCGAAGAUCAAUUUAAAGUCUGCGUUCUAAUCUGUACUGAUAAUAUGUUGGUAGUUUACCAUUAUAGUAUAUGCUGGAAAAACUGCUCAGCACGCACAAAUCUGUAAAUAUUUUUAUGUUACACUGUUUUAUUGAUCAUGCCUUUUUAUAUAGAUUUCUAUGUGUAUUUGGACAUGUAUUUAUGUAUGUAAUAAAU